UUUAAAAAAACCAGAGUUGUCCUGAAGAUUUAAGCUAAUCAAUUAAAAAAAUAGUAGCUUCAGAAUCAGAAGUGUUAGGGGUAUGAUGUUUUGUGUGAAGGAGAAAGAUCUGAUGGGUAGAACAGAACUGAGAGAGAGGAUUGGGACUGGAGGGUGAAAAAGGUCUGGACGUAGGAAUCUCUGACGAUUUUCCAUUCUGGUGACAGCAGUUAUCGAAAUUGUGCAAUGUGUUAAAAUUAAAAGUGCCAUUUUCAGGCCAUUGAGACUUCUCAUCUAGUUUAUAUUGUGAUCAAACAGUGUUGCAAAGCAAUAUGAGGUGGUUGGGCAUGGUCUCCCCGUGAGUGUGCAGAGGGAGUGUGGCAUGGCCCACGAGAGAGGAAGGGUGAGUGACAGACCACAAAUCCAAAGGUAACUGUUUAAGGCAGGUGUCCCUGCUGCUAAACAAAAUCACCAUAAGACAUGAGAGGUGACCCUCUGAACUGGGUGUCCUCAAUCCAGAAGGACCCAUAGCCAAAUGGCUGAAGAGUCUUCUGGCUUAGUGGUAGGACUUUUGAGACGAGAGGCUUUCGAGAAGUCAGUGAGAGAGAGUAGGCAGAAGACUCCAGACGAGGGAAUUUGUGGAUUGUCACUAGAGAAGAUUGGCUGGUGUGGGAUGGAGGGUCAGCAGUGGAGGAGCGGCUCCCGAUCUUGCAUCCUCCUUGGUUGGCUCGGGAGGGUCCAUAAGAGAGGGAGGCCUAAUUGAGGCCGGCAAUCAAGUUACAUGAAUUGGAUUUGGAGGUAAGUCCAGGUUGAGUUGCCACUGCCUACUGCUCUCUAAGUAGCAAACUCGGGAUGACCGAAGCUGGGGUGAUGGCUCCUCACAGAACCCUCCUGGGUUUCAGCACCAAAUGUUAGGGUCACCAAAGAAGGAAUGCAUGAGGCCAAAAAGGGUAAAGAAUUAUGAAUUUAUUCGGUCACAACCUGUCAGUUGUCAGUUUUUGUUGAGGGCUGAUACCAUGAUCAUUAGAAACACAUUAGCAUACAUCAGUGUAACCUGGGCUUGAAAAUCUCCACUGGCAUUAGGAAGGAAGAAGGUAGGAGACAAAUAUGUUACAGAAUGGUGAGUUCGAAUUUUGGAAAAGAAGGUGAUUAGAAAAAAACCAGGCCUCAUUAUGGCAUAUUUGUGUUGUCUUUGAAGUUGUGACUUUGUGAAAGAGGCUGUGUGAGAGGAGUGUGUUUCAAAGAAUGAUGUGACAGGUAAUGCAAAGUGAUGGACUCAGCAUCAUUCUGUGAGUGAGUUCCAAAGGGUGAAGUGUGAUGCCAUCCCUUUCUGAGUCUUGGAGGGACAAUCUGGGGCACUUCAAGGGAAGGCCUGAUAAUACCAGUGUCAAAUCACUCACACUUCCUUUAUACCCAACAUCUCUUCCUCCCCUGUUUUGUGGACAUCAACUGUAUUGACAAGAGGCAGUGUGGCCUACAUGUGAGGCCCAGAGGUCAGUUAUCUUCUAUCUGCUCAGCCUUUAUUGUUGUGGGAAGACACAUGAUCAAUUGGCAUAUAAGGAGAGAGUUACUUGAUGGGACAGAGGCCUGAUACCUCCUUUGAUGAAGGAUAUGAACUUUGAGGACGUGGCCAUUGCCUUCUCUCAGGAGGAGUGGGGGCUCCUUGAUGAGGAUCAGAGACAUCUAUACUGCGAUGUGAUGCUGGAAGUUUUUGCACUUGUAUCAUCUGUAGGUUGUUGGCAUAAAACAGAAGAGGAGGAGGAAUGUUCUGAUGCGAGUGUUUCUGUACAAGUGGAGUCAAAAUUCAUGGCUUCUAAGACAGUGCCACCAACCCAGAAGACCCACCUCUGUAAGCAGUGUUUCUCAGUUUUAAAAGAUAUUCAACUGACUGAGUCACAAGCAGCAUACUUUGAGCAGAAAGCCUUCUUCAGUGACACAUGUGUGAGAAACUUCUGUUCCAAUGCAAACCAUCACCAGCAACAGAGGGAUACCAGUGGAGAGAAGUUCUGGAAAGAAGCUAUGGACAGGGACUUGUUUGUGACCAGGUGCAGCUACUUGUCAGGGGUACCUUCAACUACUAGGGAGGCUGGGAAAGACUGGCCAGCCAGCUCAGGGUUGUUGCAGCCCCAGGCAUCUCUUGACACUGAGGAGCCUCACAGGGGCAAUGAGAUUUCACAGAAAUUUCACAGUGUAAAAAGUCAUCAUCAGUGGAACAAACAUGAAAGUGCUGCAAGCCACAGACAUAAAUUUGUUCAACAUCAGGGUGUCUGCUCUGAUGAAGUGAAAUAUGAGUGUAACAAAUGUGGGAAAGUUUUUAGAUGUAUCAUUAACCUCACUCAACAUCAGCGAGUUCACACUGGAAUUAUGUCCUAUGAGUGUACUGAUUGUGGGAAGCUCUUCCAUCAAAGAUCUUCCCUCACUAAACAUCAUAGAGUUCAUACUGGAGAACAAUCUUUUGAAUUUAGUGAAUGUGGGAAAUCACUUAGGUGCAGUAAUUACCUCUUUAACCAGAAGAGAGUUCACACUGGAGAAAAGACAUAUCAAUGUAGUGAUUGUGGGAAAUCCUUCAGUCAAAACUCUAACCUCAUUCAACACCACAGAGUUCACACCGGAGAAAAGCCAUAUGAGUGCAGUGAUUGUGGGAAAUCCUUCAGUCAGAACUGUUCCCUCAUUAAACACCACAGAGUUCAUACUGGAGAAAAGCCAUAUGAGUGUAGUGAUUGUGGGAAGUCCUUCAGUCUGAUCUCUACCCUCACUACACACCACAGAGUUCACACUGGAGAAAAGCCAUAUGAGUGUAGUGAUUGUGGAAAGUCUUUCAGGCAAAUCUUUGCUCUCACUGAGCACCAGAGAAUUCAUAUGGGGGAAAAGCCAUAUCAAUGUAGUGAAUGUGGAAAGUCCUUCAGUCAUAGCUCUAACCUCCUAAAACACCACAGAGUUCACACUGGAGAAAAGCCAUAUGAGUGUAGUGAUUGUGGGAAGUCCUUUAGUCAGAGCUCUGCCCUCAUUAAACACCACAGAGUUCAUACAGGAGAAAAACCAUAUGAGUGUAGUGAUUGUGGGAAGUCUUUCAUGCAGUUCUGUAGUCUCACUGAGCAUCAGAGAGUUCACACUGGAGAAAAGCCAUAUCAAUGUAGUGAUUGCGGGAAGUCGUUCAGUCAAAGCUCUAAUCUCAUUCAACACCACAGAGUUCACACUGGAGAAAAACCCUUUGAGUGUAGUUUAUGUAAGAAAUAUUUUAGCCAGAAACAUAGCCUGAUUAGACAUCUGAGAGUUCACACUGGAGAAAAGGCUUAAAUAUCCAGAUCAUAUUUUAUCUUUCUCACUCAGAAUGGCAAUACUGAAGGAGAUACUUUGGGACCCAUUUACUAAAUAUAAGCUCCUUUUUUAGAAAGAUAUACAGGCAGUCCUCAGGUUACGUCAGACUCAAUGUACGUCAUUUCAUGGUUACGUCACCAUCUCCCAUUUACAGUAUUUAUAAAAAAAAAGUUCUGUUUUGAUGUAUGUACAUAUGUGCUUUAUGUUUUCUAUUAUUUAUUUACCACAAGUAAAGGUCAAGAAUUGUUAUCUUUUUUUUUUUACUGUUUCACUUAAUUACUGCUGUGUAUGUGCUCAAUGUGAGUGACGUAGGUACUUAUGUAGGUGGGUACAUCGCACUGUAAGAACAGAUCUCCGACAUAACCCAAAGACCUACUGUACUAUGCUAGUUUCCUCAUAAGCUUCAGGUACAACUGAGACUUGAAGGAUCUGCAUUUGUCAACCUGCCCAGACCUAAUAUCCCAUUGAUGUCACUGCGAGUAUUUGUGGCUGAACAAUUUCACCUCUACCACAUGAAAAACGUGCAUCGGUCACAACACCUGUGUGCUUAGGGGACAUGAAUUUUGUGUUCUCACUUGUGCUGGAGGAAAUUAAGAUUUUUCUGAGCUCUUAACAGGACCUUCAUUCUUUUAUCUUUGGCUAGGGAUUGGAACUGACCCAGGGUUCAUCCAGAGCACCCGUCCUUAAUUAAGAAGUGCUGCCUCUGUCAGGGACACUAUGGUUCUUACAUUAUGUUGUAAUGAAUUGUUUCCAUUCUAAUUCACUAGCUUGCAAAUUACUUGCUGUCCUCUGCUCCCAUUUAUGUUUUUGUAAAUGUUUUUUUUUUUUUUCUUUUGU